UGGAGGACCAUGCGGGGCAUAUGGUGUUGCUAGUGUAUGCUACUUCCCUGUCCACCCAUAAACUCAAUCCACCUUUCAUAUUAACAUUUCAAAAAAUUCGCAAACUUAGAACGGUUCAGUCACAUUAAUGAUUAAUAUUAUAAUCUAUUGUCUUAUUAAUGCUCUCUCUCUCUCAUAUUUGGCUUUUCUGAAAACACCCCAAAAUAGUCUCUUACUAGUGCUUCAUCAUUCAUGAAUUGACGGUUCUGAUAUAUAUAUAUAUAUGUGUGUGUGUGAGAUUAUAUAUGUAUAUGUAUAUAGAGUUGUUUUAGUUUUUGUUUGGCUUUCUGGGAAAGUUGAUUCCUUUUAAUUAGAAGAGAUGGAUUUCCGUUGAGGAAAAGAUGAUCUUGUCUUGUGGAUAGAAAUUUUAUCUGGGUAUCUCACAUUUGGUUCGAUCGCGUGAAUUGUACGUUGUUCCCAAAGUUUGAAUACUUUUCGACAAAAUUCUCAUAUUUCUCUUGGGUUUUCUUUCCAUAGAUUGCGCCGAACUAGGGGGUGUUCUCGGAAUUUCGGGUACAUGUCAUUUUCCCGGAAAAUAUACAUAUAUAUAUCUAUGAUCCUUAGCGUUUUUUCCUUGUUAGCUUUUGAUUUACUUUGAAUCGUCCGACUUUUGUGAACAGAGUUGAGUUUUCUUAAAGGGUAAUGGAAAAUUAGUACUUCGCUUGGGUUCUUACCAAUUGAUCGAGAUACAAUUUCGCCGGAAUCUCACUUUCCCGGUACCGUAAAAAGGUUGAAUUGACAACAUUGGCGAUGGUGACUCUCUUUCUCCAUAUCUAUAUAUAGAGAGUGAGUUUAGAGAAAGAAAUUGAAGUAUUUUCCUUUUUUCCCCAUAAAUUACUAGCUGUCUAAACGUCAAAAUAUAGAAAUCUUGUAGACCAAGGAUAGAAAAUCCCGAAGGUCUCUCCCUCUCUCUGUGUUUUACCUUUUUGUUCUUUGGGUUCCUCUGUUUUCAGGGUUAGGAGAGAGAACAAGUAAUAAAUCUCUGUCUCUCUCUGUAAUCAUGAUUUUCGACAUUUCGUCAAUGAAAUCGAACCUGGAAUGCUUCCUCGAUUGCACAACACCAGCAGUCCCAUCCCAAUUCUUACCCAAGAGUGAGACUAGAAACCUUAACAGGCUUUGGCAUCCUUGGGAGAGAGAAAAAGUUGAGUAUUUUACAUUGGCUGAUCUUUGGAAUUGUUAUGAUGAAUGGAGUGCUUAUGGUGCUGGAGUUCCAAUCAAUUUGGACAAUGGCGAAACCCUAAUUCAGUACUACGUCCCCUAUCUAUCUGCACUUCAAAUUUUUACCAGUAGUCCAUCGUUGAAUGGUCUAAGGGAUGAGAUGGAGUCCGUGUGUGAGGCGAGGGAUUCAUUCAGUGAUUCAUUCAGCGAAGAGAGCGAGAGCGAGAAGCAAUCGGGAUGGGAUGGAUGGUCCUCCGAGGAUGGAGGGUUGGAGCAAGAGAGUCUCUGGCAUUUGAAUGAUAGGUUGGGCUACCUUUACUUUCAGUACUUUGAGAGAUCAACUCCUUAUGGAAGAGUUCCCCUCAAGGAUAAGAUCAGUGGAUUAGCACAAAGAUACUCUGGGUUAAUGUCAUUGAGAAGUGUAGAUCUUUCACCGGCUAGUUGGAUGGCAGUUGCCUGGUAUCCAAUUUAUCAUAUUCCUAUGGGAAGGACCAUAAAGGACUUGCACACAUGCUUCCUCACUUACCACACGCUGUCAUCUUCUUUCCAAGAUAUGGACCUUGAAGAUGACAUGGGAGGUGCAGGAAGGAAAGGAAAGGAAGUGGAGGGAAUCUCACUUCCUGCAUUUGGUUUGGCCACUUAUAAGAUGCAAGGAAAUGUGUGGGUGUCGAGCAGGAGUGGUCGGGACCAGGAGAGGCUGGUGUCGCUUUUGAGCGUGGCAGAUUCAUGGCUAAAGCAGCUGGGGGUUCAACACCAUGACUUCAACUACUUCACGGGGAAUCGGCGUGGCUGAAAACCAUAAUACAACUUUGGAAUUGGUUUGGUACCCAGGAAAUUGAUUUUGUACUAUAGUCACUUUCUUUGGCCUUUGUGUUGUUGGUUUGAGGGAUGUUCUUGAAAAUGUGAAGAUUUUAGUUGAUAUAUCACUUUUUCAGCUUCAUCAAUGACCCUUUCUCCAUGACAGCCCAUUUUCAGAUUUUAGGGAUGAGUGGACCCUCUUUUUUGCCUGUCUGGGAGAUUUGUGUGUUUCAAAACUAUUUCUGCAUAGGACAGGUUUAAGAGAUGAGAUGAGAAAUGUAGCAGAUGAGAUGAGGAGGGGUUGGUUAGUUCAUGGGGCUCUUAAAACUGUGAACUUUUUUCACUGUUGUAUCAUAUGUUUUCUCCUGUUAUAUGGAAUUCACAAUUCAGUCUGCGUUUUCUCUUUUU